AUGCCCUCCCACAAAGCUGGUCCACCCACACUUCCCAAUGACGCUGACGUCGAGCUCCAUGGCCCCUUGCGACAAAAGCUAUUCAACGUAGAUCAAGGCAACAAUCGCGACGAUUACUCUGGAGUUCACCCGAACGAAGACGAAUGGGAGAUUGUCACUGAAAGUGAAGCACAGUCUUAUCUUCCCGAAGGCAACGCGCGUAAGGUGAUGUUUGGUAUCAAGGAAAAGACGACUGUGGAUAUCCCUUUGCUUGGUACAGAAUCUGUAGGCAAGCAUGUUGCUGUCAAACCAGGCUAUGUGAUCAACAAUGGAGGUGCCAUAUGGGGUCUUGGUUUCGCGCCCAAACGACCUGAUAUUGAAAGUGAUCCACACGCGCAAUAUUUGGCAAUUACCGGUUUCCGAGGAGCUGAAAAAGAGCAUCACAAGCAACGAGGAGAGGUCCCAACAGGAACAUACAAGAAUGCAAUUCAAAUUUGGAAGCUACAUUUGUCGGUGAAUGAUGAUCCUGUGGAACCAAGACUUGAUCUGUGUUUGUUGCACGACUUUGGGCCUGUCAAGUCGUUGGAUUGGUGCCCUUAUGGUGCUUAUGAAGAGGAACUUGAAAAGGACAUUCCCAAGCUCGGCAUCUUGUCCAUCGUAUGUGGCGACAAUACCGUACGGCUGAUCGUGGUACCUCAUCCAAAUGCAUUAAGGCAACGUGAAGGAGGACAAGGCACUCUUUAUUUGCGAUUGAAGAAGGUGCGCUACACACUCAAGCUCAACAACAUGAUUCCGAUGGUGGCAUCUUGGGGUGGACAUAGCAAAGUGGCAUGUGGAUUUGCAAAUGGUAUGGUUGCCGUUUUGGAUGCUGAAAGGGCUCUUAUGAAUGGACACAAGGACGACGAUCAUCCUCAAAGAUAUGUCAACAGCUCAGUAGUUGUCCAUGCAUCUGCUGUACGAAAUAUUGCAUGGCACGGUGUCAUUGAUCCAGUCAACUUCGCAUCUUGUGGAUCAGACGGCUGCAUAUUCAUACACCACCCACAAGAUCCACGCAAUCCGAUUAUGUAUUGUCGUACACGAAGUAUAGCGUACGCUUUGGUCUGGCCAGGUAUCGGCGAUAAGCUUUCGUACAUGGAUGGUGACAAUAUUUUGCAUCUUUGCGAUACCAAGGAAAAGAGUGAACUAAGCCCUGGCAAUCGACUGGUGGAAGGCAACGCAGCGUCUUUCUCAAUUGCAGGAAGCGAAAUGCAUCCAUUUCUUUCAAUUACCAGCUCGGAUGGAUGGUUAAAGAUCGUCAAUGCCUAUGUACUACGACGUCGUGGAGAGACCAAAUAUCAAAACAUCGCCUACAAGCUUGAGUAUGAUCCCGAAGAAGAUACGUUUCAAUACAUUGAUGGUUUAAAGCCCAUGUCAAAAGAUCAAAGCAAGAAAGAAAAGGGGUAUUACCAUUACAUGAAAGAUUCAGUACGGCUAUUAACAAAGACAUGCUGGUGUCCAAAUACAACGUCUGCUGGCUGGAUUGCAUCAGGAGGAGCUGCUGGGUUAUGUAGAGUUGAAUUUGUAGGACGUGGUACUCAAUGGACAUAA